AGCGAUGCUGAGCGUCGGGACGCCUACAUUCGCCUCAGUUACCGCCCAGACUGUGCCGCAAGCGAUUCGUGUCCUUUCGUUUGCUCCUCCUUUCUCUUUCACGUUCAUCUUUUCGUACAUACAUAUAUACGUGUACAUAUAUAUAUAUACACCACACACACCUAUAUACAUAUAUAUAUAUAUAUCUCAUUAGGUUAAUUGUGAAUUUGUAUUAGAAAAACGAAACAAAAGAAGCAACAGAAAAGAUAGAGAAGAGUAAAGCAUCGUAUAAAGUUUUUGCGAAUGAUCUCACACACUCACAAUUUUUCUACGUGUUCCUCGGUGAAAUUGACGACGUUCAUUUUACACGACGAUUCGGAUUGUUUUUCACAGGUAACGAAAUCGUGAUAAUACAUAUUCGUCGACGUGUUGUUAAUCUUGCUGUUGCUGUUACUACUGUUUGGCGUGGUUGUUAAAAUAUCGAAACAAUCGGUGCACGAAGUGAUUUUUUCGAUCAAGCCGAGCAUAGGGCGGGGGUGCAAAAGACUAGUUUACGAAGUGGCACCGAGGUGGAGGCUUCUCGGACGAAUUCCGUGGCUAGCGGUUUCCUCUGGAGGCGCUCAGAAAACAGUCAAGAUCCAUCGCUGCUCGGAGAUGUCGGAAAGUCAAGUUUUCAGGCCAGGGAGAUCAUGACAGGAACAUACCGGAGAUCGGUGAGUACAGAAAGCGCGUGCGAAGAUGAGGAGCAUAUCGCCAGGGGCGGAAGGACCCCUGGUGAAAACGAUUUCGACGAGGAAGGUGGUGAUGGAACAGGCACUGGUACGACGUUCCAUCUAAGAAUGGCGACGAACACGUCAAGGGCUCAACUAUCCGGCGCCGGGGGAGGCUUCCUUAGGGGUGCCGGGCAACAACACGUUAACUUCGAUCCAGAAGCACCCCCGUUGCCACCCUUAGAUACCACCCAACAGACUACGAGUCUGCUCGAGAGACCCGAUGCCGAUAAGAAAGUUAAAAGGCACAGUAUCCAUGGAAUGAUGGAAGAGGAAAACGUGGUGAGACCUCACCAGGAAAUGACGAGCCUUUCUAUGCAAGAGAAAAAAUAUUUGCUUGCAGUCGAGCGAGGCGAUGUGGCAUCGGUAAGAAGAAUGCUUCAAAGCGCACAAGAGAGCGACUUGAACAUCAAUUGCGUGGAUCCUUUAGGAAGAUCAGCACUCUUGAUGGCAAUCGACAAUGAGAAUCUCGAAAUGGUGGAAUGGUUGAUCGAGCACAAAGUCGACACGAAGGAUGCCUUACUUCAUGCGAUUUCGGAGGAAUUUGUCGAGGCUGUCGAAGUUCUUCUCGAUCAUGAAGAACUUUAUCAUAAGGAUGGUGAUCCUCACAGCUGGGAAGCUCUACCGCCGGAUACCGCAACGUUCACGCCGGAUAUCACGCCGUUGAUCCUCUCGGCUCAUAGGGACAACUACGAGAUCAUCAAAAUCCUCCUGGAUCGUGGCUCGACCCUACCAAUGCCGCAUGACGUUCGUUGUGGAUGCGACGAAUGUGUGACGUCCAGGAUGGAGGAUUCCCUGAGGCAUUCGAGAAGCCGAAUAAACGCUUACCGUGCCCUGGCAUCGCCCUCUCUGAUAGCUCUGUCCUCGAAGGAUCCCAUUCUGACGGCCUUUGAACUCUCUUGGGAACUUCGUCGACUUUCCUUUCUCGAGCACGAGUUCAAGUGCGAGUAUCAGGAGCUCAGGAGGCAAUGUCAGGACUUCGCGACGGCUUUGCUCGACCAUACAAGAAGUUCCUACGAGCUCGAGGUCCUACUCAAUCAUGAUCCAAAAGGACCUGCGUUCGAGCACGGCGAGAGAAUGCAUUUGAAUCGUUUGAAAUUAGCGAUAAAGCUUAGACAAAAGAAGUUCGUGGCGCAUCCAAACGUGCAGCAACUACUAGCAUCGAUUUGGUACGAGGGUCUUCCCGGUUUCCGUAGAAAGAACAUGCUUCUUCAAGCUAUGGAAAUCGUCAGGAUCGGCUUACUCUUCCCACUAUUCAGCGUGGCAUACAUCAUAGCGCCUCACAGCACCGUCGGUCAAACUAUGAGGAAACCAUUCAUCAAGUUCAUCUGUCACUCGGCAUCAUACUUCACUUUUCUAUUUAUGUUAAUUCUAGCAAGUCAGAGGAUAGAAAGCGUAAUCGGUAAUUGGAUGGGGCACAGCGUUGUUGAGCACGAUCCUGUACCAACCAAAAGGGGUGCUGCACCAACCAUCGUCGAGUGGUUCAUACUGGCUUGGGUCUCCGGUUUGAUAUGGUCAGAGGUGAAACAACUUUGGGAUGUGGGUUUGAAGGAAUACGUGAACGAUAUGUGGAACGUGAUCGAUUUUGUGACGAACUCUUUGUACGUCGCUACGGUAGCUCUCAGAGUCGUCGCGUAUUAUAGGGUACAAAAAGAAAACGAAGGGCAGCAGCCAGGUUUUCAGGUGGAAUUGCAACGUGAGCAAUGGGACACUUGGGACCCUAUGCUUAUAUCGGAAGGCUUGUUCUCAGCCGCCAACAUAUUUAGUUCUUUAAAACUCGUCUAUAUAUUCUCCGUGAAUCCUCAUCUCGGCCCUCUUCAGGUUUCUUUAUCAAGGAUGGUUAUGGAUAUCAUGAAAUUCUUCUUUCUUUACGUCCUAGUAUUGUUUGCUUUUUCUUGCGGUUUGAAUCAACUUUUAUGGUAUUAUGCUGAUAUGGAAAAAAAGAGGUGCCCAACAGCGAUGCCGUAUCCAAUGAACGUCAACAUUACGACGGAUUCAAAUGCUUGCAUCGUUUGGCGACGAUUCGCCAAUUUAUUCGAGACCACUCAAACGCUUUUCUGGGCUGUCUUCGGAUUGGUAGAUCUCGAAAGUUUCGAACUGGAUGGUAUUAAAGUGUUUACGAGAUUUUGGGGUAUGUUAAUGUUCGGCACCUACUCGGUAAUCAAUAUCGUCGUCCUUCUCAAUCUUCUAAUCGCCAUGAUGAAUCAUUCCUAUCAGUUAAUUUCCGAACGGGCUGACGUCGAAUGGAAGUUCGCCAGAAGCAAACUUUGGAUCAGCUAUUUUGAGGAAGGUGGGACCGUUCCACCACCGUUCAAUAUCAUUCCUACACCAAAGAGCGCUUGGUACGUCGGGUUGUGGAUUUAUCGGAAACUCUGUGGUCAUAGUAGAGCCGCCAAAAAGGAACACAUGCGAACGAUCAGGGUAAAAAUUUGUACUAUAUACCAUAUCGACGUAGGAUCUCUUCAAAGGGAGUCGUCGGGUCGCAUUAUCGAGAGAAAAGCGAAGCAAGCCUCGCAGCGUGAUUUUCGUUACCAGAGUAUAAUGAGAAAUUUGGUUAGACGAUACGUCACCGUUGAACAACGAAAGGCCGAGAACGAAGGUGUCACCGAGGAUGACGUCAACGAGAUAAAACAGGACAUUAGCGCGUUUCGUUGUGAAAUCAUCGAGAUCCUUAAAAAUUCUGGAAUGAACACGUCGACGGCGAGUGGUUCCGGAACUGACGGUAGCCUUAAAGAGCUGUCCAUAGGUGCGGGAGGUAAGAAGAACCGGCAGAAGGAGCGGCGCUUGAUGAAGGGAUUUAAUAUAGCCCCUCAACCUGGUAGUAGCUCUACUCUGUUAGAACCGGUCGCGGAACUAAUUGCCUCUUGGAAGGAGGUACAACACGAGAACUCUCAUCAUGAGAUCUUUGGUUCGACGCGAAGCGAGAUAUUUGGUUUGGGGACGAUGCCGAAGAAGAGUUUACAUCAUAGCAACGCUUGUAGGCAAACUCGCGGAGCUAGAAGUAGCUCGAAGAAGAAACGUUGGGACACUCUGAUCGAAGCUGCUAAGGCCCACAAAGUCUCGAAGAAAUUUAUCAGUAGAUCUCGGUCCGAGGAUUCCGUUUAUUCACCGGCAUCCGAAGAUGGUGGCACGAGAUCGGAAGGUUCAACCGAUUCAAAAUCUUCUUUGGAAAUUCACGGUAGUCACGAUGUUCAGAGUCACCAUCCUCAUCACAGUCAUCAUUCCCAUCAUACGGAAAGUCAUCACUCUUUUGGCCGUCUCGGUCUAGUAUCUGCUUUGACGAAAAAACGAAAAAAGUUCUCGGCCUCGAGAGCUUCGACCCCAGCGAUGACGAGCACCAAUUCAAAUCCAAUGGAAAGUACGACGCAGCCUAUAGCUUCGAUUCUUUUAUCUAAAGUCUCGAAGAAACAGUUGCAACGUGCUAGCAGCGUACCUACCAGAGGUCCGGAACUUGGCUCGCAAACGAUACCCACGCGUCGACACGAAGUCACACAGAGUCAACAGCCGAGUUUGGAUACCGCCGAGAUCGUCAGUGUUACCGAGCAACAAAGAGUCGUUAGUGCUGUUCCAUUGACACCAUCGACCACGGAGGAGAGCGUUAUUGCUAGCGGAGCGAUUUCAAUGACGGUAAAGACAAAUGGUUCGGCAACACAACUUCAACGACUUCCUGGCAUCGAGCCGAUCUCUGGACACGAUGUAUCAGCUGGUUGGCUCUGAGCACGGCCCCGUCAUCGAACCGAUCGAUGACGAGCCUCGCCAAUUACACGAUCACGAGUAUCCCAAGAAGAAUAUUACGAGUUCGAGUUCGAAAACUCGUACGACGAAGAUGGCGACGAUGAGAAUCAACGAUAAUUCGAGAUUCCGAGGUUCGAUAAUAUAUAAAAAAAAAAAAAAAAAGAAAAAAGAAAAAAGAAAAAAUCUCGUCGCCUUUGGCAGACGCACAAUGAUGCCUUUUUUUCACGACGACGCGCCUCGCCAAUUAUUUAUGUGUCGUCGAGAACGCGAAACUCGAUGAAAUAAAAAGAAAAUAAAAAUAAAAAAAAAAAAAGAAGGAAAGAAAGAAAGAAAGCAAGAAAAGAA